AUGGGACGGCGUCCGGUAGCACCAAAGCUACCUUAUGGUGCCACCUCGGUCAUGGUUCUUGUCAAGAAUGAUCAGAAUGUUGAGGUGAAUACCGCUGGCGGAAGUAGUUUGACAGCCCACCAUGGCGCUGUACCGUCUGCCAAAGCACUGGCCAGGAGCCCACGCGGUCGCUUAAGCAGGUCUGGUCAGCGGCCGCCAUGCCCCAAUGCUCCAGACGUUUCCGAUUUUACAGCGUGGUCAAACUGCUACUCCCCGCCAAACUUCCGCGUCCUUCAGGCGCCUCUGAGGACAACGGUACAGGUCAACUGUAUGCUUGAAAGCACCGAGGUCUUUUUCGCUGUCCAUCGGCCAUUCAUGCUUGGCAGGUCUUUUUUGCCCGAAUUUCACUCCGUAGUAAGGAGGCUGUUCGCACGAUCCCCCCAGGUACUCGCAGAUGCAUACACGGUGGCCAUGAGCUUGCUGUCAUCGCGACAUGCGACAUUCAGAGGCCUGGAUGAACACGAUCUAGCGAUCGGGAUCCAUUGCCUAGAGAGACUCAUGGGUAGUCCGUCGUGUAUUUCCCGGGCCGAGGACGCAGCCGUGAUCCUCUUGCUCGGACAAGCCAUGCACGUCUAUAAUGAGCUGAUUCCGACCCCGGACUCACAAAUAAUCACCCGUGGCACAUUACUAAGCGUUCAGCGUUGGUUCCCGUCUCUCCUUGAGCGGCCCGACUUGGACGUUGUAACCCUGACUCCAGUCCUCACGGACACGGUUGAGUGUCUGAUACGGAGGGAGAUACCUGUGAUACGAGUUCCAACAGCGACCCGCUGCAUCGUCGAUAGGUUCGCCGGCCUCUCCUCAUCUCUACUCCCCCUACUAUAUGAGCUAUGUGAAAGGAGCUACGAAGCCAAACUCAAUGGAACGGAACCUUCUUUGGUUGAUGCUGAGCGUAUUCCCUAUCCCGACAAGGACCCUUACCACGAUAUUGAGUGCAAGAUCAGUAGAUGGCAGCCGCAAUUGCCGCCUCAUUUCUUUACAAAAUACUCAUCAUUCGAGGUCAGUGUCAUACUUGCGCAAGCCCAAUGUUAUCGUCUUGCGGCUUUGCUUGUUAUUCAUCGCUUGCGUUUUCCGCUCGGUGUUGAGGAUGCGGCGGCACAAGUCUAUGCCGGUGAAAUCUUACAUGAACUUUCUCUCCUAAAAUCGUGGCCGGCAGACGCAGCUACAGGUCUAGCCCUAGACUUUCCUCUACUGGUGGCCACUCUGGAGCAGCCAGAACCCGGAAUAGAGAUAUACAAAGCCUUUGAGCCAUUCAGGUUUCGUAGGCAGCACUCUCUCGAGCUGUUAGAUUUCAUUCACUUUGUCACCACCCAACGACAAAGUGGCUUCAAGGGACUUUGGUUCGAUCUUGCAAGAAACCAGCUACUUGGAGUCACGCUCACAUGA